UAUCUUCUAACUGUAAAAUUAUCAGGGACACAGUCAUACAUAAAUCGUCGCAAUCCAUGCUAUCUGUGAGAAUGGACGUUUUGGGUCUUAUUUGGUUCUUUGGGUUAUGUUCAUCAGUGGAGGGUCAGCUAACAGUUGAUGGAAUACGAAGUGUUGUGCAAGAAUUGGUGGAAGAGAGACUAAAAAGCCAUUCGGGAGAGUGGGAGAACCGUUCGUUGUGGGAAGAAGUCGCUUUCCUUCGAAGCGCCCAAGGUCGUUUGGAGGCCGAGUUAAAGGAUAUGCAGACCAUAAUAAAAGAAAUGUCGGAUGAAAACGAAAAUUCCAAGCAGAAAAUUGAUGAACUUUAUGAAGAAAAUUUGGAACUAAAGAGGAUGGUCAAAGACAAUAUGGACCACGGAGCUGGUACUGACCAUUCCAAUGAAUCAUUAGCUCAUGUAAGAACUAAAUCAGUGCGCUUUCUCGCAAACUCGGGAGUUCCUAGUACUUCUCCAAUCGCCUUCUCUGCUCGUUUAUCCCAAAACAUUGACAACGUACACGACAAUGAAAUAUUUUUCUUCAACAAUCUGAUUACCAAUUUUGGAAACGCCUACAAUAAAAACAAUGGGAUGUUCACAGCGCCACUCAAAGGGAUCUACGCCUUCUACUCCUCCAUACUGGCGUCGUCGGGAAAAUCUUUAGAAGCACACAUCGUUCGAAACGGAAACGAAUUCUGCAAUCUAUAUGCUGGUGAUAUGGAUUUUUGGGGUCCAGGAUUCAACAUGGCUAUUAUCGAGUUGGAAGUUGGAGACGCUGUUUGGGUAAAAAUUCAUGAUAAAUAUCACGGCGCUGGUGUCACAGUUGAUGGUCCCUGGACAAGCUUUUCAGGAUUUUUGUUGUACGAGACUGAAUAAAUUUUCAUGUUUUGAUAAA